UAAACAGUGUAAUACUAAAUAAUAAUGUUUAGCCAUAGGAUCAGUAGUUUGAAUAUUAUCAAUAUGGACGCAUACGUAUUCAUAUUUCUUCUAGUCGGUAUCAAAUCAGUAAAAGGCUGCUCAAAGGAUAUAUUUUUAGUAGAAGAUAGUUUAAUUUUAUCAAGUCCUGGAUUUGAAGAAGGAAAGAACUAUGAUUUUAAUUUGCAUUGUAAAUGGAAUAUCCAAUCAAAUUCAGGGGUCUCUAUAGAUUUUACGUCUUUUGAUUUGGAGUACCAAUAUAAAUGCAGUUGGGAUAAUGUGAUGGUGUAUGAUGGGAAGUGUAGGGAAGUGACGUCAACAAAAUUUUGUGGAACAAAAGCACCACCUACCUUUAAAGGGGAGGGCAACAUGUGUAUAGAAUUUAGAUCAGAUCAGAUGGUAACAAGGCCAGGCUUUCAGGUUUUGAUAAAGAAAUUUAUUGGUGAGUAG